AUGGGGGCGGCGGAAUCUGCGCAGCGGGACGGCAUGCCCGAGGACGAGGCGAAAGUCCAGGAACAUAAUGUGGAGGGGGACGAGGAGCAGGCAGAGCAAAAUCUCGAAGUGAAGUUACUACAGAAGAAUGGACAAAUAUCCCGUUUGAAUGGAGCCCCAGAGGACCAAGCUGAGGAGUUAAAUGGUCUUUGUGAGGAGAAGGACCUGGCAGAGGUACCAGAGCCAAGUGAAAACAUUGCUGAAGAACCAGUCAAAACAGACACAGACACUCCAAAGAAAGAGGGAACCUCCAUUCCCCCUCCAGAGGACAAAAGCAAGGAUGAGUCUAAGCAUGAGUCUGAUGGUGAAGGAGGUUCAGAUGGGGAAAGGAAAAGGCCAUGGAGUUCCUUCAGAAAACUUGUCACCCCUAAAAGGCAACGGACUAAGCGUCUAUCUGAGAGCGAAGACGAAACAACAGAAAAGCCAUCUGCAGAUACCCAAGCCCCUGAAACUCAAGAGGAGGGCAAACCAAGUGAAGAGCAUGAGCAAACUGAACCUUGUCUGGAGGAGCCCAAAAAGAAGUCUGAGUUGUCUGUUUCCUGGGAGGCCCUGAUAUGUGGAGGAUCUACGAAGAAAAGGAGCAGAAAAGGUUCAAACUCAGAGGAUGAGGUUGCAUUUGAGAAGGACAGCAGGCCUGAGGAUGACCAAGGAAAGACUGCAGAAUCUCCACUGGGAAGUUCUCUGGAAGGAGAUGAUGAGCAUGUUUCUUCUUCUCUAGAACAGUCUGGCAGUCCAGCUGAAGGUGAUGGGACAUCGGCAUGGAAGUCCCUCAAGAAACUUGUAACCCCAAAGAGGAAGUUAAGAGUAGGAGAAUCAGCCGAGCAAAUCCCCUCUGAUGGUGAAACCACUAAAGAUGAAACUUCAUUUUCAGUCAAGAAACUAAUCUCAGGACGAAAGAAGCGAAGGUCUGAUGGAAGACAGGAACAGACAUCAUCUGAUGAGGCUGGUAAAGAUGCUGUAUCAGAAGAUGAAGAUGAUGAAACACCAUCAGUGGUGCCUUUGUCUGAAUUUGAUGUGAUCGAACCAAGCAUGGUGCAUACGAUACCAAAAGAUGAGGAGCCCACAGACAUUACCCAGGAAACUGAAGAGAAACUGCCCCCACCUCACCAUGACCUUGGCACUCCAAUUGUUGCAACUGUCCCAAAAGACUUUGAGGACCUGACAGACUACAUAACCAAGCAUCAGCAGCUCAGUGACAUACCAGAAGAGAGCAUUGUAUCACCUAUUGACUGA